AUGCAUCUCACCAACACCAUUGUCACAGCCCUCCUUCUCGCAUCCUCGGCCCUGGCCCAAAGUCAAAGCAAAUGCGUUACCACCUGCGAGACAUCUCACCGCGGAGUCUCAGCAUGCAAUGGUGAUGAAACGGGCCAGGCACUUGACGACUGCACCUGCGCAUCGUUCCAGGGCCCGUCCGAUCCCAUGCUUGCCUGCAUUAAAACAUGUCCUGCAGCUGAUGUCGCCGCAUUCGCCUCUGGCAUUCCAGCUGAAUGUCGCAGCAAACUGUUUCCUAACGUCAGCGUCGCGUCUGGCAGUGGCAGUAGCACGGCCAGUCAAACACAAACGAAGAGCUCAUCCUCUGCUACCACUACCGGUUCGUCUACUGGCUCCAUGACCACUAGUGCUACGGCCACUGGGACUACGACUCAGACGACUACUUCUACUACUGCGACUGCCUCCUCGUCUACAAAGACUGGGGAUGCUGCUGUGAAUCAACCGGCCGGAAUGGUUAUGGCUAUUGGUGUGCUGGCGGCAUUUGCGAUUUGA